AUGGCACCUGUUCAGGAACAAGCAAAAGAGCAGCAUGGUGAGUCCAAGUCUUCUCUGGCAAAGGAAGUUGCAGCCAAAAAAGCGGAAAAGGAAGAAGAGUUGUCUGAAGAAGACCAGCAAUUGAAGGACGAGUUGGAGCUUUUAGUGGAAAGAUUGAAUGAGCCGGACCAGAGCGAAGAUGCCUACAACAAGUCCCUUGAAGCGUUAAAGACGUUUAUCCAGGAGUCAACAACGUCAAUGACUGCCGUGCCCAAGCCGUUAAAGUUCUUGAGGCCCCAUUAUCCCACGUUGACGGCCUUAUACGACCAAUGGCUGCAAAAAUACCAGGCAAAGAAUCCAAUUGUUACAAAAUUGGCUGACGUGUUGUCGGUGUUGGCCAUGACCUAUUCCAACGAGAACCAGAAGGAUUCGUUGAAAUAUAGGCUAUUGUCUGGCAACGAUACUAUAGCCGAUUGGGGCCACGAGUACAUCCGCCACUUGGCUUUGGAGAUUGGCGACGUGUAUCAGGAAAACUUGGGCGUCAAUGAAGACUUGGUGGCACAAGUAGUCAAGCUCGCGUUAAAGAUUGUUCCGUUUUUCUUGAAACACAACGCCGAGGCUGAUGCCGUUGACUUGCUUUUGGAAAUCGAGUCUAUUGACAAGUUGCUGCAGUUUGUUGAUGAAAACACAUACGCUAGAGCAUGUCUAUAUGUCACCAGCGUGGUCCCUUAUUUGGCACCACCUGAUGACUUGUCAUUCUUAAACACAGCAUACGCCAUCUAUUUAGCACAUGGUCAAUUGACCCAAGCACUAACUAUAGCCAUCAAGCUCGACGACAACCGGUUGAUUCAGCAAACGUUUGACUCGACAAAGGACGAUUUGAUCCACAAACAAUUGGGGUUCAUUUUGUCACAGCAGAACAGCAGUUUCAAAUUGCCCGAGGAAAAUAAUAAUUCAUCUGAAGUUCAGGAAACGAUUAGCAACGUCAAAUUGGCCGAGUAUUUCGCAUACCUCAGUAAAGAGUUGAACUUGUUGGACCCAAAAGUGCCCGAAGAUAUCUACAAGUCCCACUUGGAAAACUCCAAAUUUGGAUUGGGCACUUCAGGAUCUAUCGACUCGGCUAAGCAAAACUUGGCAGCUGCUUUUGUCAAUGCCUUUAUCAACCUUGGCUUUGGCAAAGAUAAUCUUAUCCAGACUGAGGAAGAUAACAAAUCGUGGAUUUAUAGAACCAAGGGGAAAGGCAUGGUUUCCACGACUGCCUCGCUUGGAUCUCUUCACCAAUGGAACGUCAACGAGGGUUUGCAAGUUUUGGAUAAAUUUACUUACUCGGACGACCCCGAGGUCAAGGCGGGUGCUUUGUUAGGUACCGGUAUCGUUUCUGCAAACGUUCACGAUGAUGUCGACGCUGCGCUCGCCUUGCUUCAAGAAUACGUCAAUGACCCAAACAAGCUUUACCAAACCUCGGCCAUCACUGGGUUGGGUAUCGCAUUUGCCGGGUCCGCUAAUGAAGAAGUCUUGAACUUGUUGCUCCCAUUGGUGUCCGACUUGGACGCCUCAUUAGAAGUCUCGUGUCUUGCAGCAUUGGCAUUGGGCCAUGCCUUUGUCGGGUCCUGUCAUGGCGACAUUACUUCCACAAUUUUGCAAACGUUAUUGGAAAGAGACUUUACUCAGUUGACCAACAAAUUCAUCAAGUUCAUGGCCUUGGGCUUGGGUCUCUUGUACAUGGGCAAAACGGAACAAGUUGAGGAUGUUUUGGAAACCAUUGACGCCAUUGAACACUCGAUAAGCAAGACGUUGAAAGUGUUGGUGAAUAUCUGUGCUUACGCGGGAACAGGAAACGUUUUGCAAAUACAAGCCUUGUUGCAGAUGUGCUCAUCAAAACCAAAAAGUCAAUUGGAGGAAGAAAAAAAAUUGGCACAAUCGGAAGAAGAUCAGCAAAAGGCUGCAGCUGCAGCCAAGAAUGAAGGUGACGUUGAAAUGACCGACGCGGAAAAAGACGAUAAGCCUGAAGGCGAAGGAGAAGGUGACCGGACCACGACCAGCAAUACCACUGCCACUGGUGAAGACACUGAAGGCGAUGCAAAGAAUACUAAUAAUGAUAAUAAUAAUAACGAUGAUGAGGAGGAUGAAGAAGAUGAUGAGGAGGAGAUGGACGCAGACGAGGAGUUGUAUCAAGGCAUAGCCGUGCUAGGCUUGGCGUGUAUUGCCAUGGGCGAAGACAUUGGUCAAGAUAUGUCAUUGCGCCACUUUAGUCAUUUGAUGCACUAUGGUAACUCCUUGAUUCGUCGAUCUGUGCCAUUGGCUAUGGGUUUGGUUUCAGUGUCAAACCCUCAGAUGAAGGUUUUCGAAACAUUAUCUAGAUAUUCACACGACCCCGAUUUGGAAGUUGCCCAAAAUGCCAUUUACUCGAUGGGGCUCGUGGGUGCAGGUACAAACAACGCCAGGUUGGCGCAGUUAUUGAGGCAGUUGGCUUCAUACUAUAUUAAAUCGUCAGACUCCUUAUUUACGGUGAGAAUUGCCCAAGGGUUAUUACACUUGGGUAAGGGGACAUUAACCUUGUCGCCAUAUAAUUUGGAAAGGACUGUGUUAUCCAAGACUUCCUUAGCUGCGUUGUUGACAGUAUCAGUUGCAUUGUUGGAUCCAAAGGCGUUUAUUUUGAACGAUUCCACUACGGAAACAUCCCACGAACUAUUGUAUUACUUGACUCCCGCGGUGAAGCCAAGAAUGUUGGUGGCAGUGGAUGAAAAACUAGAGCCUUUGAAAGUGAAUGUACGGGUGGGCCAAGCCGUUGAUGUUGUUGGCCAAGCAGGUAAACCCAAGACCAUCACCGGAUGGGUGACACAAUCCACGCCCGUGUUGUUGAACCACGGCGAGCGCGCAGAAUUAGAGAAUAGCGAAGAAUGGAUCACUUUAAGCAACGCAUUAGAAGGAAUCGUGAUAUUUAAGAAGAACCCCGAGUUUAUGGAUAUAGAUUCAUAG